AUGGAGAAUCAUUCCACAUCAAAAUCACUUCCCCUCCUCACUCUCCAACUCAUCAUACUCCUUUCCUUCCCCGUAGUAAAACCCGGGUCGUCGUGCCACCCGACCGACAAACGAGCCCUCCUCGAGUUCAAGAAAACGAUAACCAACGACCCGUCACACCUCCUCCAUACGUGGGCCCCACACACUGACUGCUGCACCCAAUGGGAAGGAGUUUCGUGCGACCCCAUAACGGGCCGGGCCAUUAACCUCACCCGCCCGGGCCUCUUCUCGGACGACGACUCGCCCGUCGACACUUCCAUGUCCGGAAAACUCUCCCCCUUCCUCGGCAACCUCACUUUCCUCCGACUCCUCGACCUCAGCAACCUCAAAUACCUAAGUGGGCCCAUCCCAACCGAACUCGGCCGCCUGGCCCACCUGACCCAAAUGUUCCUCAACACCAACAGCCUCACGGGCCCGAUUCCCGCCACUUUCCGAAACCUGGCCCGUUUGAAUAAAUUGUUUCUUGAUGAUAACCGCCUCUCGGGGCCCAUCCCAUCCGACCUUUUCAUCGGCAUGACCUCGCUUACGGAUUUGGGCCUCUCGUCGAAUGCAUUGUCCGGCACGAUACCUCCGUCGGUCGGGAAAUUGGCCUCGCUCGCCAGCCUCGACCUCCAUGGGAACAACUUCUCGGGAGACGUGGCCGAAGCAAUCCGCGGGCUCAGGAAUCUGACGUACGCGGAUUUUUCCGGCAACCAGUUGACCGGAAAAAUCCCGGAGUCCAUCGGCGGACUUUAUUUGCUCGAGGUUUUGUACCUCAACGACAACGGAUUCACUGAAAAAAUGUCGGAGUGCAUCGGCCGGCUCAUAUCACUCCAGUUUCUCCGUUUUUCAGAAAAUAAUCUGACAGGGCAGAUACCGCCGUCGAUCGAGAACCUGACAGGGCUCAAAAGCUUGGUUUUCGAAAACAAUCAGCUAAGUGGAAAUCUGCCUGAAACACUAGGCCAUCUCAUUACACUAGAAAGCAUUUACUUCUCUAACAAUCACUUCACAGGAAAAAUUCCUCCGAGUAUGGAGAAUCUGAAGAAUUUACAGAGCCUGGAUUUAUCAAGAAACCAACUUUCAGGCCCAAUCCCAGUUGAGUUCUUGAAAUUAAAGUCGCUACAAGAUCUUGACCUGUCUUUCAAUCCUUUAAGGCCCGAAAAAUUGCCCGAUUGGCUUAAAAGCUUAAGCCUUUUUCGACUGCUGCUCGCGAGCACAGGGCUCGAGGGGGAACUGCCCAACUGGCUGUCUUCGUCUUCUUCCCUUUCGACUCUUGAUUUGUCGAGUAAUUCCCUAAAAGGGAAACUACCUUCAUGGAUUGGUAACACGACAAACCUCUCCCUUCUAAAUUUGUCCAACAAUCAUUUCAACUCCUCUAUUCCAGUCGAAUUCAAGAACCUCGUCCUCCUAACCGACCUCGAUCUCCACUCGAACAACCUCUCCGGCAAUUUAAACACGUUUUUCGUGAAAGCCUCCGAUUUCCCGCGCGGGCAUUACUCUUCGAUCGACCUUUCUCACAACAUGUUUCGUGGGCCCAUCGACGAAGACGUCGGGGAAAAGCCCGUCAUGGAAGAAAUCGAGACUUUGAUUUGUCCCACAACCCUUUGGGCGGGAAAAUACCGAAAUCGCUCGGGAAGUUGA